AUGUUUUCCUCGAUCUCGUCCUUCGUGAAAGAGCUACUACCGCAGAUACCCGAAGCUCCAAGGGUCACAAUCACAGCCGCUCGCAUCGCAGCCGACGGCACGCCACCGCACCUGGUCAGACUCAGCACUCGGUCUGCAGGGGAUGAUGCUACCGACUCUUUUCUCUUCCGUAUUCCAGAUGUACGCAAGUAUUGGGUCACGGAAGAUGGAUCGCAAUUUCGCGAUAUACAUAGACUGGAACUUCAGGAGUUGCACACGUUCUUGCAGCCAUACAAUCUGCUGCCCUUGUUCCACCCCUGGCAAGGUAUUCAUCUGAGACAGCGAUGCCGCGUACCAACACAGCGAAUUCUGCUACAAGAGCGCCAUGCAUCUUGCGCAGGUGUCUACUACCUGUUUUGGAGCUUCGCGAUGGACGAUCUACCGCGGAACAAGCAUGUUCCAAAGUGGAUAAGCGAUGCGCCUAAUACGGAAAUGACCCAUUCAUACUAUGGAGAUGUUUUCAUUGUCAAAAUCGCACCUCAUGAGUACGAACCUGAGGGUUGGGCAGCGUACGAGGAUGUUUCUCCGACGUUUGUUGAGGCUCUGGUUAAAUCUCCGUCCUACGGGGAAGAGGACUGCUCAUUCUGUGGGAAAAGUAAGCUGCUACGUUUUAUGGAGAGGAAGAAGUUGCCGAUCGAGGAAGAGUAG